CCUCGGUCACGAUGCCGCGAGAAGCGGAGCCUUCUCUCAACGAGAAGCAAUUUGUCCUACAAGCGUUACAAGAAAACCUCCGGCUGGACGGCCGGGAGCUUGACCAGUACCGGCCGCUGGACCUCAGCUUUGGCGACCAGUAUGGCGUCGCCGACGUCACGCUCGGUAGGACGAGGGUCCUCGCCAAAGCCACCGCCGAGGUAACCGUCCCCUACGCCGACCGCCCGCUCGACGGCAUCUUCACCAUCGCCACCGAGCUCAGCCCGAUGACGUCGCCGGCCUUCGAGGUCAACCGGCCGACCGAGACCGAGGUGCUGCUGUCGCGCCUGCUCGAGAAGACGGUGCGGCGUUCUGGCGCGCUCGACACCGAGUCGCUAUGCCUCGUGGCCGGGCAGAAGUGCUGGUCCGUCCGCGUGGACGUGCACGUGCUGUCGCACGACGGCAACCUGAUCGACGCGUCGUGCCUCGCCGUCGUCGCCGCCCUGCGCCACUUCCGCAAGCCCGACACGAGCAUGGACGCCGGCGUGCUGACCGUCUACACGCCCGCCGAGCGCGAGCCCGUGCCGCUCAGCUGGCUGCACUCGCCCUUCUGCGUCACCUGGAGCUUCUUCGGCGACGAGGCCGACAUCGCCGUGCUGGACGCCACCUGGCUCGAGGAGCAGGUGCGCGUCGGCAGCUGCACCAUCAGCCUGAACAAGCACGGCGAGAUCUGCCAGAUCGCCAAGCUCGGCGGGACCCCGGUCGACGCCGUCGCGCUGCUGCAGUGCACGAGCGUGGCGCUGACCAAGGUGAAGGAGUUCUCGGACCUGCUGGAUACGAAGUUGGCCGAGGAUCUGAAGAGGAGAGACAAGGGCGGCUUUAUGGCGGAGCUCAGGGCGGAAAAUGAGAGGUGAGAAGGAGAAAGAGAAUACGGGGCGAAAAGGGGGUGGGUGGAGCAUCCAAUCACCACGAGAUACCCACGGAUGAUCGAAUCACUUACAACUUGGCCUUGGGUUCACGACGGUUGCUGGGGUCAACCCGUCGAGGAGAGGAGGGGAGGGAGUGACGGGACUUCAGAAAGGCCGCGAUCUUCACAUUGCGACUUUUACGGGGCCGAGUUUCACUCCGGCUCAGAGGGCCGGUAUGGGGCGGGAGGUGACAACCCGCGGCCGGAUUUGCCGACUGAAACGCAUUAUGAUGUGAUGUGCAUUUGCGCGGCAUCAUACAAGGUAGUCAGAGGACGGAGUCGGCGAAAAAUAUGUUCUUCUUCAUCACAGACUGGCAUAUCAGGAAGCCAGUUAUGGCGCUGGGCUAUUCCCACCACUCUCACCCUCAGAAAUAUGGCAUCAUGCCCAAGG